AUGACACGUCUGGAAAAAAAAGAGUUGGACUCCUCGCAAAUGCGACGUUUCGAUAUCGAAAAAUAUGGAAAUUGCGUAACGCACGUAAAAAGUAUAAUAAAACGUGAUGAACAAGCGGUGGAUUUUACCUCGGGCGGGAGUGUGGAUACCUCGGACAACAACCCGCCGCCCCCGGCGCUGCCUCCGCGGCGGCCGCUCCGACCGCCGACGCGCCCGAACGCCGCCGCCGCCGCUGCCGCGUUCGUCGUCUUGAGGUGCGAGGACGCGCCGCGACGUACGGCGUCGACGGCGACGACGGAUAAUACGGCGUUAGCGACGGCGGCCACGACGACGACGACGACGACGACGACGGCGCCUCGGUGGGGAGAGAAGGAAGUGAACAACUUUCACGCGACGCCGCCGCCGACGACGACGACGACGACGACGACGACGACGACGAUCCAGGUUGCGCCAGCCACGUUCUCCACGUCCCACGUUGUUCAAGUGUCGCCGCAGCAGCCGCUCUUGACGCCGCCCCAGUAUCCUGCGCCUCCACGGCCCCCUAGUCGUACCGGUGGGGAUGAAGCGCGUGUCGCGAGGGCGAGAGGAAGCGGACGCGGAGCAUUACCGAGCCCCAUCCUCGCUAAUGGAACGCCCUCGUCGAGAGUGUCACCACCUCGCGCGGGCCGGGCAGUGCGGACUACCGAGGCGACACUUAUCCCAACGUCAACUCAGCGUCCAUCGGUUCCAGAUACAUCGUCGACGUUCGUCGAACGAUGGGCUAGCGAGCGGACGGCACCGGAUUGGACGGGUCGUGCCGCAGCGUCGUUGUCAGCAGCAGCAGCAGCAGCAGCAGCAACAACGGCAACAAAUACACGUGGAGGAUCAUUCUCCGCAGCGGAUCGAGGACCAGCUAGCACAGCUGGUAUCCGUCUCGAGCAUCGUUGGAUCGAGGAGAGGAAGGAGCUGGAGGCGACGAAGAAGGUGGAGCAUUGGCAACAGCAACAGUGUCAGGAUCAGCAGCAGCAGCAGCAGCAGCAGCAGCAGCAGCGGCGUCAUUUCGAGACGCCAACGACGCAAAGUCCAGGAGCAGCAGGACGUUUUGAACUGAGCGGUCGGCCGAUGUCGCGUAACGAUGCGAUACCGCCGCUCACGCGGCCUCCCUCCUCGCGAACGAACAUUAUCGCGGCGGAUGGUAACGACGACGGCGAAGACGCGGCGGCGAACUCGCGGGUGCACGAUCACAGCCGGCCGUUUCCGCCGCCGCGGUUGCCACUCGUGCACGUGACGUCGAUGCCGUCCGUGCCGCCACCGCCGCCACCAUCGGCGUCGCAGUCGGUGCCCGGAUCGCCGACUCUUCGCGUAGCGCCCCUCACCAUGCCUCUGACGCCGUUAUCGAAUUCCUUCCGGAGCAGGCCGUCCCUGCGUCGCCCACAGAACGUCGAGUCUGCGUCGCCGUCGUCCACGGACACGACGAUAACGACGAUCGCGACGUCGCCCAGGAGCCCGAUCGGCGAGGUGAGUCUCGCCACGCCGCGACCGGACGGCGAGAGGACCAUCAACGAGUACGUCGAGGCGCCGUUCAAGAACUCGCGUUGCAAUCAGGAACGACGCCUCGAUGCCGACAGCAAGACGGCCGGCGGCGACUGUCCGAAGGGCGAGAGGAGGCAUCAUCAUCAUCACCAUCAUAACCACCACCAUCAUCAUAAUAGAGGUCACGAGGAUGCUACGGUAGUGCCGACGCAUCGGGCGCGAGGUCGCGCGAGGAAUCAGAGCGGUCUGCGUGGCUUCAGCGGCACGACGACCGGCGGCUCUCCCACCGUCGCCACGUCGGCGAACACGACGGCAGCGAACGCCGUCACGAAGCAGCCGGUCUCCUUCACCAAGGAGCCGGCUAACACGCUCGGCGUCAGGGACCCAGCUGGUCUGUCGAUCAUAUGCGACUUUUGCGGUAGAUGCCGAUGCGAGUCGUGUCGAGAGCCACCUCCGUUGCCCAGCAAGUGGCUCUGCGACAAUGCGUGCCUCUGUUCGGCAGAGACCGUCCUAGACUAUGCGUCGUGCCUAUGCUGCGUCAAGGGUCUCUUCUACCACUGCGUGGACGGCGGCAGCGGCGGUGGCGUCGCCAGCAGCAGCAUGGAGGACAGCGAGGCCGCGGCGACGAGUUGCGCGGACGAGCCGUGCUCCUGCACCGGUAACCGCACGACGUCCAGGUGGGCCUGCCUAGGCGCCCUGUCGCUGGUGAUGCCCUGCCUCUUGUGCUACUGGCCCCUCCGGGGCUGCGUCACCCUCUGUGAGGUGUGCUACGCGCGUCACGCCGCGCAGGGCUGCCGAUGCAAUCCGAACGCGACGACCGGUAACAGCAGGCAUCAUCCCAUCACCAGCGAUAUCGGAGACUCGAGGGACCCGGAGAAGAGGCUGCUGGACCCGGUCACGCCGGAGCUUUGAGCCUUGGACACCUAUCCAAGGUGUGGAAACGCCGCGUAUUUUCCAUGCCUCAGUGACUGGAAGGAGAUCCAGGAAAUCCAGGAACAUAGGACCCUGCCUGCCCUGAUGGACGUAUCGAACGUGUGUGGGGAAGGGGUCAGAGGGAGCAAAAGUGAAUUGCAUCAAGUACAAGAGCUGCAUUUAAGUCGAGGAGAACGAUAUCGGAUUUUCACGAAACUGUACGUUUGACGUCGAAUGCCUUUAUUUAUUAUUCUUCCAUGAAAAGUGCGUGCGUAUGAGGGUAUGUUCACACUUGGUGCGUUUUAUGUGUGUGUGUGUGUGUGUGUGUGUGUGUGAGAGAGAGAGAGAGAGAAUGAGAGAAAGAAAGCAGUGUACGAAUGGGGCGAGUAUGUUUUUGCGUGCGCGAACGGUAGAGGAAUGAAGUACGCGGGUAGCGUAUCGUCCAGACAUACCACUUACGCAUAGAUAACUCUAUACAUAAUGAAUUAUACGCAUUGUACCACGCGCCGAGCGAAAUCGAACGAACGGUAAUAUAUCGGGGUCUGGGGCGAGGGGGGAGGGGGGAAAAAUUACAUACACACACAACAGAGUAAAGAAAAAAGCUAAAGUAUAUAUUAUAUAUAUAUAAAUAUAUAUAGAUAGAAAUGUAUAUUGUAUAUUAUGUUUGUAUAAAGAAUAAACUUUUCUACGGUUAAUUUAUUUGCGGCUGUAACGCUAAGUGUAUGGUUCAUGAUAGAGCGAGAGACGACUUGGUAGAACAAGGAGGGAAGAGAGGGGGGCGAGAAACGUAAGCAAAUUGUACCAAUGACGUGUGCACAUGGACCAAUAUGGCCGCUGAGUUGAAACCCGCUAGCGUGAUGAAGAAAGUUUUCUGAUGAUAAAAGGGAUGGAGAAAGAGAGAGAGAGAAAGAGAUAGGACUUUAAAGCGCUAAUUUUUACGUUAUACAAUUGCGAUUUAUAAGUAAUGACUUUUGAAACGCAUUGCAAAGGAGCCAUAUUCGUAAAAUCUAAUUAGAAUCACUGCACCAGUCACUGAAAAAUCAUUAAAUAACAGUUUAAGAAAAAUUAGAAACAAUAAAAAUUAAAAAUAAUAAGUUACAUAAAUUAAUAAAUUAUAUUAAUAGAUAAUUUUUUAAUCUAACUUUCAUAUAGAGUUGAUUAAAUUAUUAAUUUUUUAUUUGAAAAAAAAUGUAAUUAUAUUAAUCAUGUUAAAUCAAUAUAUUGUUUUUAUUUAUUCUUUGAUUGAUUCAGUUUCUCGUCAAUUCAUUGACUCGUGUAGUGAUCUUACAUCAAUGGUUGCACAAGCAAAAAAAAGGAGGGAUGGGAACACGCGAGACGGAAAAUAGCGAAGACUCGCCAGAUCGUCGCGUUUUCCAUUUCGUUAAUCGUUUUCUCCAGUAUUAUCUAGUCUUGCGAACAUCCUUUUCUCAGUUAACGUUUGUCAUUUAAGAACGGGCCAUGCGGCGUGCACGCGCGAGAACGAAGUCGCGAGAAAGAGGAAGUCCCUCUCCCUUCCUCCCCCUGUGCUCCCAGUCAUCAUGCCGUUUCCGGUGAUUUCGUUAGCUAUAAAUAGGGACUUGAGAUCGGUAACAGUUCGUAGAUGAACUCCACGCUUUUCUCGCCGGUCGUGGCAAAUGGCGAAUUUACUUUUUCUCUCCAUCUGUAUUGCUCUUUUCUUCUCAUUCUCUCUCUCUUUUUCUCUCGGGGCACCGGAUGCGACACUGGUGCGUGAUUUAACACUAGAACCACCAUUCAUUUUUACGAUUUAUUACGUUAUUUACGCGUGCACACGUGCGUGUGCAAGAGUACGAAAAUUUUGAACUUUGUGCUUGUACACAUCACUUCAAUGUGGUAUAGAUUUGUGUAUUCUUGGCAGUUCUAAGUAAUCGAUCGUGUUAAUCAAGGGAAAGAGGAAUUGACCUACCAGGGACAUGGCAAUACGGUUCUAAUGUUAAACGGUGACAUGUGUGCGCCGGCGAUUAUUCUUUAUUAAAAAAAAAAAAAAUCAACCGCGCCAUUUGUCGAUGGGAAUUCGUGUGUACGGCGACUGAUUAUUUUUUUCCCCCUUUCAGCGAUAUUCCUCGGCGCGAGUAUUUUCGCACGAUUUGGAAGCCGAUCGAUCGGAGUGGUACGGCUCGGUUUUAGCAUUUCAGCGCGGGGCGUGGGCAGACGAUUGUGUGUGAGCGAAUGCUCGGGUGUAACUGGGUCGAUUGCAUGGGUAAAAUAAUCGCGCGCGGACGAAAACGGGCCGAGAGGCGACGUUGUUGCGAGCAGUAUGCGAACAGAAAGACGCGAUUCGAUUUGAAUGAUCUAUCAUUGCACGCGUUCGAGGAGGAUUACUAACAAUAAGUGGAAUGAGCGUUUUCUUUUUCUCUCUUCCUCUCUCUCGGUGGCUCGCUCGCCCUUCUCGCGAGAAAGGCGGGCACUGAGACAACGGGAAUAAGAAGAGCACAAUGGGACAGGAGCACGAAAAGAGCGUUAUGGCCUCAGCGCGAGAACGUCUAGACGGUGCGAAAAAGCGUAACGAGGUUUCUAAUGUAAGAUGAAUGCGACGGGGGAAAACACCGAGCCGGAAUGAUGUCGAUGUGAGACGCCUUUGUCCUUCUUCGCGAGUCGAUCGCGGACAAUUAUUGUCCAAAUCCCAAAGAGCGUUUUCUCGCCCAAGUUGAGAAAACGGAUAAACUAUUUUUCCCGAGUCGAAGUGACUAGGGCCGGUAUUCAUAGACAAUUCUUAUAUUUAAGAUCGUCUUAAGUGUCACCUUAAAAUAUCAUCAACCAAUCAGAGAACCGUAUUAGCAUUAAGACAUUACUUAAGACAAUUUCAAAUAAUCUUGAAAUAAGAAUCCAUCAUGAAUAUCGGCCUAGAACAAUAAACUCUGUCUGUCCAAUCAGCAGACAACGUUUUUUAAAUAUUUAUUCUUCAUUAUAAUAUUUUUCAAAUAUUAAAACAAAAAAACAUUUUGGACGGAUUCUUGGAAUUUUUUAAAACACCGCUGUUAACGAUGGUUUAAUUGAUUGCUCGUCUCUUUCCACUUCUAAUUCGUUUUAUCUCUUAAUAGAACCAGAGUCAAGACUCACGUGCACCAGCCGUGUACAUUUUAUUUUAUUUUUCUUUCGACAUAUCGCGAGAUCGGUGAGAUUUAUGCUCGACUCGAAUCAAAAAUGCGAAACUGGACGUGGACGUUCGCCGAGGACAAUGCGAUUGCACGUCGAUCAACUAGCGAAGGCGCGAAAGGACGCGAAGGCGCGAAAGGACGCGAAGGCGUGAAUGGAACGCGAGAGUGCGUGUGUUUGUGUUCGUAUGUGUGCGUGUGUAUGUAUGUGUGCAUGCGUGCGUGCGUGCGUGCGUUUGUAUGCACGCACGCGGGUGUGUCUCGCCGAGCGAAGGAAAAGAAGUUUUUAUUCUUAAUAAGUCUAUACGAUCUGUAUAUGUCUUGUAAAUAUAUAUAUAUACAUAUAUAUACAUAUAUAUAUCAUGCAUAGAUAUGUA